AUGUCGUCUAACAACAACGAGCAGGAGCAGCAAUUCUCCAUUCAGUGAGCAUCUGUAGGCAGAGUGUAUGCUUGGAGGGAAGGCAAGAUCGUGCGAAGUUGCUGUCCUCACUCUCUGAUGCAUCUCACGGCUUUCGAGGUUGAGAGAGAUUCGAGUCGCAAUGCUCACACGUCGUCCAUCCUUUCCUCUCCUCUCACCGAAACCCUCCUCUCGCAGACCUCAUCCCGCCACUAGUGAGUCGCAUCCCCCAUUCACGGUGGCGCAUACCCCCUCACGCAAUCUCCUAAUCCCCUUCUCUCUCUCACUCUCUCUCCUUGACCCUUGCUAGCCAACGACCCAUCUACGGACCCGGCGCUCAAUGGUGGUGCUUCGCUCAAGGGAGAGCCAGGUCCUAGAAUUCUCAGCAGCGAAGAGUCGAGCAAGAUUGGAGAGCCUCUUAGUAAGUUUUGUUCUUUCGACUCUCAUGUGUGCCAGACGUACGCUCGGAAAGACGAGCGAGGCUUUGGGUUGGGUUGGCGAGUCGUGCUCGAAGGCGGAAGACCGACCGCAAUGUCCGCUGGGAGCUUCUUUGUUGCAAGAUCACGCAGCUGACACUCACCCCUCGUCUUCACUCACGCUCUCUUAGGCCGCGAGGAGCUAGCCAAGCGCUCAGCCGAGCUCAACAAGGAGUAG